UUCACAUGUGUCACAUCUUAUCCGUAAUUUCCGUAUUUUCGCAACAGUUGUUCUUCAUAACCAUCACAACCAAAAACCACAAUCCCUCUCCGUUUUGCAUGUUCCUUAUGCAAUGAUUCCGAUUCACGAUUCAGCAGUUAGAUGAUUUGGUUGUGAAAAAUUGUUUGGAAGUUUCAGCCAUGGCUGCAAUUGAGGCGUUUUCGAAGAGUUUGAUUGAGGAAGUGCAUAAAUGGGGUUGUUUGAAGCAAACGGGUGUGAGUUUGAGGUAUAUGAUGGAGUUUGGUUCGAAACCUACUGAUAAGAAUUUGCUGAUUUCUGCACAGUUUCUUCAGAAGGAACUUGCUAUUAGGAUUGCUAGGAGAGCUAUUGAACUUGAGAGUCUUCCUUAUGGUUUGUCCCAAAGACCUGCUGUCUUGAAGGUUAGGGAUUGGUAUGUGGAUUCAUUCCGUGACAUUAGAUCCUGCCCUGAGAUCAAGAAUAUGAAGGAUGAAAAAGAGUUCACAGACGUUAUUAAGGCCAUUAAGGUGAGACACAACAAUGUGGUACCUACAAUGGCCUUGGGUGUUCAGCAAUUGAAAAAAGAGUCAAAGAUGGAUAGUGAAAAUCUGAUGGAGAUUCAUCAGUUCCUUGAUCGCUUUUACUUGUCAAGAAUUGGAAUUCGCAUGCUUAUAGGGCAGCAUGUUGAACUGCACAAUCCCAAGCCUCCUCCUCAUGUCGUUGGUUAUAUACAUACAAAAAUGUCUCCUGUGGCGGUGGCAAGGAAUGCUAGCGAGGAUGCACGCUCUAUAUGUUUGCGUGAAUAUGGAAGCGCCCCUGAUAUCAAUAUUUACGGCGAUCCUGAAUUCACUUUUCCGUAUGUUCCAGCUCACUUGCAUCUUAUGGUAUUUGAGUUGGUUAAGAACUCGCUGCGUGCUGUCCAAGAGCGUUAUAUGGAUUCUGACAAAGUUUCACCUCCCAUAAGAAUAAUAGUUGCUGAUGGAUUAGAGGAUGUUACCAUAAAGUUAUCGGACGAGGGAGGUGGAAUACCGAGAAGUGGACUGCCGAAAAUCUUUACAUAUCUGUACAGUACUGCCAGAAACCCAUUGGAUGAGCAUGCAGAUCUUGGAGUAGCUGAUAGUGUGACAACAAUGGCUGGAUAUGGUUAUGGAAUACCUAUUAGUCGUCUAUAUGCUCGGUAUUUCGGAGGCGAUCUUCAAAUCAUCUCUAUGGAAGGAUAUGGGACUGAUGCAUAUCUUCAUUUGUCGCGGUUGGGUGAUUCACAAGAACCUUUGCCCUGAAACUGUGUUGUUUUGUUUUCAUUCACAAGAGUUGUGGAGAAUAAUUUGAAGUAAUGUUGUAUUAGGAAAAACAAGUGAAAAAUGACUGCUGUUAAUUUUGUCUUCAUAUUCUAUUGACGUGACUGAUUUCUUGUAAAUAUUUCAUACCUACAUAACAUUGUGUAUGAUGGAUUAUUGAUGCUCCUUUGACUUUGCAUCCAAUUUUGGGAAUUUGUUAUUUUUAUGAUUUGGAA